AAGGUGCGCAUGCAUGGCGAGAGAUCGCCACACCGUGCCGGCCGCUAUAUAAACCCGUCGUGUCCAUGGCUGCUAUAUCACUCAGACUCAGUACAAGCUCAAGCCAGGCACACAGCAAGACAUCGACCAUGGCUGCCUACCAACAAGCUCCCGCUCUCCUGUGCGCCUGCCUGAUGCUCGUGCUCAUGGCGGGCGCGGCAUCCGGCGGCCGCGUAGACGUGGAAGACAUGCUGAUGAUGGACCGGUUCCGCGGGUGGCAAGCCACGUACAACCGCUCGUACCUGACCGCCGCGGAGCGUCUGCGCCGGUUCGAGGUGUACCGCCAGAACAUGGAGCUCAUCGAGGCCACGAACCGGCGCGCCGGGCUCUCGUACCAGCUCGGCGAGACCCCGUUCACGGACCUCACCAGCGAGGAGUUCCUCGCCACACACACCAUGUCCACGCGCCUGCAUGCGUCCGAGGCCGCGCGGCGGCACCGGGAGCUCAUCACGACGCACGCAGGCCCCGUCAGCGACGGCGGUCGCCAGUGGAACCGGAACUACACGACGGACCUCGACGUCCCCGAAAGCGUGGACUGGAGGACCAAGGGCGCGGUGACGCCGGUCAAGGACCAAGGAGCUUGUGGCAGUUGCUGGUCAUUCGUGACGGUGGCGGCAAUCGAAGGCCUGCACAAGAUAAGGACGGGCCAGCUCGUCUCCCUGUCGGAGCAGGCGGUUCUGGACUGCUCUUCCCCGCCCAACCAUGGCUGCAACCGCGGUGACCCCGCGGCUGCCAUAGACUGGGUGUCCGCUAACGGCGGCCUCACCACCGAGUCGGACUACCCGUAUGUGGGACGGCAGGGCAAAUGCAAGCUCGACAAGGCACGCAACCACGUCGCCAAGAUCAAAGGCAGGAAGUUGGUGGAUCAAAACAACGAAGCCGCGCUGGAGGUCGCCGUGGCGCAGCAACCUGUUGCCGUGGACAUGAAUGUAGAUCCGAUCCUCCAGCACUACAAGAGCGGGGUGUUCCAUGGCCCCUGCGACCCAGAGGAUGUCAACCACGGCGUCACCAUGGUGGGGUACGGUGUUGAAUCUGGCGGCCGCAAGUACUGGAUCGCCAAGAACUCGUGGGGCAAUGAGUGGGGCGAGAAGGGAUACUUUCGCUCGAGAGGCGCAUCAAGGACGCCAGGGGCACGUGUGGUAUAGCCGUGUGGGCAAACUACCCGGUGAUGUGAGCUCCAGGGCCUGGCCGUAUACUAGUACAAUACAGUCGACUUGCUCCUGGACAUACGCAGUGCAAGCCUAUCUAUAUAUAUGAUGAGGUGCAGAAGUCAGCUUGAAAAACAGGCUGAAAUAAACUCUGACGCGCGCGGCCUGUACUCAGCAAAGCGUCGUCGUCGCCAUUUGCUAAUUUUAUGUGUAAUCUUUAAAACUACUAUGCUGUGACCUCCAUAAGUCGCGGCUAAUAAAUAGAAAUGUUCCCUUAAAUAAUUUCA